AUGGCCGACAUAACAGCACCGAACCUCUUUAAUCAUCCGAAGCUUAUUCCCGGCUCCUUUCUCGAGGAUUCGGGGGAUUUCAAACAUUUCGAGAAAGACGAUUUCAGGUUUACAGCUGCAACCAAGCCCACAUCACUGACAUCCGUGGACCACCUAUGGGGAUCCAUACAUGAAACUAGCCAGUGGGGCAGUCUUGCACAGAACAAUGGUGGAAUGUCACGGCUUUCCUUGUCCGAUCAAGACAAAGAUGUCCGAAACUGGUUUAUCCAGGAAGCGGGAAAAUUGAACUGUCAAAUCCGCGUUGACGCAGUAGGAAACAUAUUCGCUAUUCUCCAAGGCGAGAACACAGAUAUUCCUCCUAUAGGUGUAGGUAGUCACCUCGAUACACAACCUGCAGGCGGCCGGUUUGACGGUAUUCUGGGAGUCCUUGCCGGAUUAGAAAUUCUACGAACCAUUGUCAGAGAAGGGGCGCGGUAUACAUCUGGAUGCACUGGGUCAGCCGUCUGGUCUGGCCACGUUCCUCUCAGGGAAGCAUAUCAAAUGCCAACCAGCGAUGGAAGCAGCACACUGGGCCAAGAACUUCAGCGGAUCGGCUAUCUUGGUCGCUGGGAAGCAUCGCACAAGAUACUCCCCCUUUCGGCUCACUUUGAGCUACACAUUGAACAGGGUCAUCGCUUGGAGGAUGCCCGAAAGAAAAUAGGCGUGGUGGAUGCAAUCCAGGGAAUUCGCUGGUACACGGUAACUGUCCGAGGCGAGCAAGCCCACGCAGGAGCAACUCCAGUCAUGAAUCGGGCCGAUGCGGUCGUAGCCAUGAGCAAAGUGGUAGUAAAGUUGGAACAAUUGGCGUUGGAAACAGGCGUCUUUGCCACAGUUGGAGAGAUCACAGUGGAAAGUGGCAGCUCAAAUGUGAUCAGUGGGCUGACACAUUUCACCGUCGAUCUCCGUCAUCCACGAGAAUCACUCCUUGACGAGGUUGAGCACUGUAUGUGCGCCGAGAUGUCUGAAAUUUCACAGACCAAGAAUGGUCGCGUCAGUUUUGCAGUGAAACGCGUGUGGCAUAGUCCUGCCGUGUUUCUUGAUCCGCUGGCCGUGCAAUGUGUGCAAGAUGCAGCCCAUGAGGUUGUCGGAGUUGACCAGCUUAUGCCAGAAAUGAUCUCCUUUGCUGGUCAUGAUAUUGCCCCCGUAGCAUCGAAUGGGACUCCCACCGCUAUGAUCUUUGUUCCCAGUUUGAAGGGGAUCAGCCAUGCCCCGGAAGAGUGGACCAGCAAGGAAGAUUGCGGUCUCGGCACCGAGGUCCUCUAUCAUGCUGUUCGAAAAUUCGACCAGCAUCUUCAACGUAAGGAAGAAUCACUUGCAAAUAUUUAA